AUGUGCCGGUUCAUGAUAUACAAGGGUAAAGAGCCUAUGAUGCUCUCAGACCUACUUACAAAACCAGCACAUUCCAUCAUCAACCAGUCAUUUGACUCACGUCUCCGUCUAGAUAUGAGAAACCCCAUCAAUGGAGAUGGUUUUGGUGUGGGAUACUAUCGAAAGCUAGACCAGCCUUGCAUAUUUAAAGCUAUCACUCCAGCCUGGAACAACGUCAAUCUUAAUUCAUUAUCCAACUGUACAGAAUCGCUGCUUGUCUUUGGUCACGUUAGAGCCUCUACUCAGGGAGUAUUAUCCGAGACUAAUUGCCAUCCUUUUCUGUACGGCAGAAUCAUGUUCAUGCAUAACGGAGGAGUGUCGAGUUUUGACAAGAUAAAGAAGAAACUCAUGAACCACGUGGAUGAUAAGUUCUUCACAUUCAUUCAAGGUUCUACCGAUAGUGAGUGCUGUUGUGCUUUGCUACUAGACACUUUGUAUAAGAUGGGCUACGAUCCUGAGGACUCUUCGACCGUUUUUGGGCAUAAAGUAUUGAGGCAAGCCACACUCAAAACUAUCGAUCUUAUAAAGACUUGGCAAUGUGAAGUCACGGAAGAACCUUCCUUGUUGAAUUUCGCCGUGACAGAUGGUGAGUCUGUGGUGGUUACUCGUUAUAUCACUUCAAAGACCGAUGAAGCAGCGUCUUUGCAUUUCAGUACUGGCCUGCGAUUUUUGGAAUACGAAGAUGGAUUGUACAAGAUGGAGAGGCUCAACAGAUCACAAGACGUUGUUUUUGUCGCCAGUGAACCUUUAACAUUUGAACGUGGAGAUUGGAUCUGUGUCCCUACAAACACGAUGAUUUCGAUCACUAGCAACAACACCGUUCUCAUGCAUCCAAUUGAAGACGAGUUCUGGAGUGAUGGUCUAGCAGAGAGAUCCUCUGGUUUGGCCAUGAGAAAAGGUCUCAUGGGCGGUGUACCAACAAAACCUAACACUAAGCCAAGUGCUGAAGAUGAAGUCGAUAGCACUGUUGCUCACCUUCCUCCUUUGGAAAGAGAAGGAAGAAGAGCGAGCGAAAUUGCAUCAUAG